AUGUCGAGUUCCUCUCAAACGGGAUUGAAGAUCAUUGUUGUGGGCGCCGGCAUUGGUGGCCUAGCUGUGGCACUGAGUCUUAAAAUUAGCGGUCACUCGGUUACCGUGCUCGAAGAAGCGCCGGCUUUUGCCGGAAUGCGGAUCCCACCGAACGGGUUCAAGCUACUCCGCCGCUGGGGCGUCGACUUUUCGAACAUGAAGAAAACCCAUUCCAAUGGCAAUCGGUUUUUAAGAUACUCAGAUGGCAAAGUAUUGGCUGCUAUGUCACAUGGGGUUCCUGAACUGGACUAUGGAGGGUCUUAUCUAAUGGUUCACCGAGCUGACUACCACUCUAUAUUGGUGAAGAGAGCUAUUGAAAUUGGCGUUAAGAUUGAGCCAGCCAAGAAGGUGGUUGCAUACGACUGGGACGCUCCUUCUCUCACGGCCGCCGACGGCACGAGAUACGAAGGUGAUCUUAUUGUUGUUGCCGAUGGGGUCCAAAGUCAAGCCAGAACUCAGAUACUGGGCGCAGAGCUGCCUCCCCAGGAUACAGGUGACAUCGCCUAUCGUAUCCUGCUUCCUGGCUACAUCCUUCUUCAAGAUCCGGAGCUGCGAGACUUGGUCUCUCGUCCGUGGGUAAACUCUUGGAUGGGUCCCGGUGCUCAUUUUAUCGGUUAUCCAAUCCGAGGCGGAGAGAUAUACAACAUUGUGGCUUGCUGUGCCUCUGACACCGUGUACGACGCCGAACUACAAGGAAUGGACAGCAAAAUAUCGAUUGACAGUAACAAGGAGCUGCUGAGGAGAUUCGCGGACUGGGAGCCGCGGGUGGUUAAGCUCUGUCAGCUCGCUGGCAAUACAAAGUAUCUCAAGUGGCGCCUUUUCGACCUUGAUCUUGUGGAACGCUGGGUACACCCUAGCGGGAAGGCUGUUUUGGUUGGUGACGCUUGCCAUCCCAUGUUACCUUAUAUGGCACAAGGAGCCGCACAGGCAACCGAAGAUGCAGCAGCACUCGCAGCGGCUCUGCAAGACGUUCAGGUGUCCGGACUGGCGGCUGCUCUAAAGCGAUAUGAAGAGAUCCGUCGGCCUCGAGCCUCACGAAUCCAGGCGAGCGGACGUGGGCUGCAAAAGACGUACCACUUAUCAGAGGGCAAAGAACAACGGGAAAGAGACAAGUUAAUUGUUCAAGAUACAGAAGAAAACCCGAUAUUUUGGGGAAGUUCAGAGAGACGGAAUUGGCUUUUUGCUCAUGAUGCGGCAAAGCUGUGA